AUGCAUCAUCAAGUUGUGAAAAGUAACCUUGUUGAUAUAGGCACAGAGAGAACAAGGGUUGGAUCGCAACCCCUUUGUCCAAAGCCUAGAAAGCUUUCACCUACCCUGCCAGAAUUCAUCAAGCCAAUCAAGUGUACUAAACACAGUCAGUCAAAUAUUAAUGAUGGAGGUGGAAUUCUCAAUAUGAUAUCUGAGAAGAAUGCAGAUGGAAGGGAAUUCCUAUGCAACGAGUGCUUGCCUUGUUGCUAUUGUGGCUCUCCUCCACGCAGAACAGAGAAUCCAUUAGUUCAUGACGUGGAGUUUCUUCACCAAGUUGAAGAAGAGCUGAAAAUGAAAGCCCGGUGGUGGGACCCACUCACAUGGGCCUCACAUUUUCAUAUUAUAAAGCUCACUCACUCACUCACCCACUCCAUACACACACAUCCUCAGAGUCACCAAAACCGCCACUGUUUCAAUUCAAGAUCUCAAUCACAUCACGCCAAGAUCUUCUCUCAUUCCGCCACGCCAAACCCUAGGCUCCACCGAGCCCGUGAUCUAUGCUUCCCCUUCCCCCACUUCAUGCGGCCUUUCUCGGGAGAGGGUUAG